AUGCUGCAGGCCCUCGAGCUUGGCACUGGCAGUGCGGAUCUCGAAUCUCACGACGCCCUGCACGUUAAAGAACAACUCUCCAUCUACUCUCCCACAACCUCCUUCUACGACGCCCCCGUCAGUGGCGGCGUUAUCGGCGCCGCCAACGCCACCAUGGCCUUCUUCCUCGGCUGCUCUCUUUUGGCCGGACCUUAA